UCUUCUCACAGCUACGUACGCAGUCUUGCUCCGGGUCUGAAGUGGAGCGAGCGGACAACAGUGGCCGGAGGAUGGGUCCUGCCGUCGCCACCGUGUCUACCGUGCUGCUGAGCCUGUUACUGUUCAUCCCAGCAACGCUGCCGGAUUAUAUGGACGAAGUUUUUGGCAUGCUAUGGAGGCUGGUAAUUGCACGUGAUCUUGUAAGCAACGAUUUUAAUGUAACUAUCAACAGAUUCCGUGUAAUAUCAUGUAAAUGUAACAUGCAGCUUGAUUGCCAUCUGAUGCUGAAUCUGGAAUUCGAAUGUACUGCUUUCCUUCCAGUCGUGGAAACCAAGACCGUGACUAUUGACUGUGGGGAACGCCUGACUCUUUCUUGCAAACGUGGCGUCUUACUCAUCAAGUCAGUGGAUCGCAUGCCGUUCCGAUGGUCGUUCGCUCCCGGAUACGGUCUUCGACUCAGUGCAAGUGACAUCCGCAAAGCCUGUGAUAACAAACCCCGAUGCACCGUCAUUCCCAGCCAUUCUUCUUCCGAAUGUUAUGGAAAAUCAGACAAGGUCAAGUAUUCUUGCAAAGUACGCCAUCCGUGCAAUCCGGACCCAUGUAACCACGGUUCCUGCUGUGCCAACGGCGACCAAUACACCUGCAGGUGUUACCCUGGCUGGGACGGAAAGAACUGCAACCACCGAAAGGACUGCUCGCCAAACUCAUGUCAGAAUGGUGUCUGUCGACCUUCUGGGGCGUUCUACCCUUACCCCCGCUAUACUUGUCGUUGUCACGACGGUUGGACUGGAGAUGACUGCGACCGUAGUAAGUCAUCCUCCUUUGGUCUGCAAUCAUUUUACCUUCAUCAAGGACAUUAUACUUGCCUUCGCCAAGGAGUUUAUGUUCCUUUUUUUCACCUCCUUGUGUGGGAAGGAUUUGUUUUAUAUGUGUCUGUCACCUUGUGUGUCCCUAGUAUGAACCCGUGUAUGCAAGACCCAUGCAAGCACGGCAGGUGUGUGCAAGAUGCCAGUCGCUCGUCCGGGUACAUGUGCGAUUGUAACUUUGGCUGGACAGGAGAGAACUGCAACCAGGAGGACAACCCCUGUAGAGGAAACCCAUGUCGACAGCAUGGCAAUUGUCGGAAGGUGGUAUCGAGCAAUCCCCCUGGCAGAUACAGGUGCGAAUGUCAUUCUGGCUGGACUGGAAAGAACUGCAACCAACGAGAUUUCUGCCAUGUCAAGCCAUGUCUGCAUGGGACUUGUGAAAACGAGGCGAACGGAUUCGGAUGCAAGUGUUUCAGCGGCUGGAGUGGAAAACGUUGCGACAAUGAUAUCAACGAAUGCUACACCAAACCCUGCCGCUUUGGGAUGUGUGCCAACACUGCAGGCAGCUACAGCUGUUACUGUGAUCGCGGAUGGACUGGACUCAACUGCACCAAAAAGACAAGUGACAAGGCUACAGUGUACCUAAACCACGAUUCCCGCACACGGCUUGUCUGCCUACACGGGGUUCUAGACGUCGUCACUGCUCAGUACAGGCAGGAUCCCACUCACACAUGCGAGUCCCUGGUGUGCCUUCCCUGCAACGACCUCCGUCUGGAUCGCUACGCUACGACCAGCAUCCAAGGAAAGUGCAACGGAAGGUGGCACUGCGACGUCGUCGCCACUCCGAGCUUUCUGGUGAAGGGACGGGAUCCGUGCGGCCAUGUGAAGAAACGCCUGGAGGUCGACUAUCGCUGUGUCGAACCUGCAACUAAAGCGGUGACAACAUCCGGACGUGCAGAGAGCAUCGCCGGACCGAGUAUGACCGUUCACUGCCGCUCGACCGGCGACCCCCCGCCCAGCAUCAUCUGGCGUCACGGCACAAACAUCAUCACCAACGACGACAACGAGAAACACACCGUCAUCCAGAAGAGGGGCCGAAGCGGCAGCGAGGCGUACGUGGAGGCUAGUCUCACCAUCGCGGACUUACAGGGUGACGAUCUGGACAACCGGCGUUACGUCUGCUGGGCAGGGAACAGCGCAGACAAGGCGAGUGGAGCCUCGUCCAUGGUCACAGUUUUGGUGACUGGAAUAUUCAUCACUGUUGCCGGGAUCGGAGUCACAGCUUUCACUGUCUUCUACUUCAGGAAACAUCACAACAGCCCAACAAACCUACCCGGGUCAGCCAGCCCGAUGCCAGGCCGCCUAGGCCUGCGACCACUGCCGAGUCUACCGAAACCUGGAAUAUGGAGUAUGCCCGGGAUGCCAAAAGGACCACAGACAGCUGUUGCAAUCUUGGACUUCCUCAAGCCCAUUCCCGUCACCAGGCUGAAGAAAGAAUUCAAUAUGAGGCUUGCCAACGAUGAAAAGCUGUUCACAGAUGAAUAUGAGGCUCUACCCAAACUGCUGGGAGAAGAACAUUCUCAGGCCUGUCAGAAGAACAGGGACAAGAACCGCUUCAGGAACAUCAUCAGCUAUGACCAUAGCAGGGUCAUUCUGUCACUGCUUGAUGAUGAUCCCAGGUCUGACUACAUCAAUGCCUCUUACAUUGACGGCUACAGAGAGGAGAGGAAGUACAUAGCAACUCAAGGACCAAUGCAGAACACUGUUCAGGACUUCUGGCGCAUGAUCUGGGAGACCGGGUCCUCGACUAUCCUCAUGCUGUCCAACCUGGUGGAGAACUGCCAGAACAAGGUUUGCAAGUACUGGUCUGAGACGGACACCAUGAUUUACGGAAACUUCCGUGUGACCCUGGUUGGCACCAACAAGAUGGACUACUACAUCGCUCGUACUUUCCAGCUCACAAAGGACAAUGCUGCACGACGCAAGGUUACCCAGUUCCACUUCCUGGCCUGGCCCGACUUCGGCGUUCCGGACGACCCGACUGACCUCCUGAAGUUCCACCAGACGGUGAUGGCGUCAGUGCCACCACGGGGCCGCCCCAUAGUCGUGCACUGCAGCGCCGGUGUGGGUCGCACUGGGACCUUCAUCACCAUUGACGCCAUGUUGGAAAUGAUGGCUGUGGAGAAACAAGUCGAUGUGUUUGGAUUCGUGUCCAAGAUGCGCCGCAACCGCAGCUUCAUGGUUCAGGCCAAGGCUCAGUACAUGUUCAUCUAUCAAGCCCUGCUGGAUUCCUACGUCCGUGAUGAAGUCAAGGCAGGAAAGUGGACGUGGUGGCCGCCGUCUGCCGUCAUCUCCCAGAUCAGCCAGAUGGCCAAGGCAUAGCCUGCUGGAAGCUCUAUCUGAUGCCAGACAGAAAGGAGAAUACAAAAUCUGAUCUCCAGUAAAGACAUCAUCAACCAAAGACACUGUCUCAAGUCAAGACCUCUUCUAGUGCCCAAGUAGUCAAAAGAAGUAUGAUAUCAAUUAGAGUCUUUUUAUUUUUAAGAAUUAAACUGCAAAAGAGACAACAGAGUAUUGUAUCUGUUUGAUGGGAUUCAAAUGCAAAAGAGAAAUCUGAGCAGUUUUUAGAAUCAGAAAAACUAGCAACUUACAUGGCAUUUUUAUGAUACUUCUGUGUUAUCAUUUUAGUCAAUCCAUAGCUUCAUGAGGAACUGAGUGGUGAAUUAGGUGAUGAAUGAUUCAAAAAGUUUCCCAAACAGUGUACAUUGUGAUAGUAGGGGCAGAAUGGAAUGAGCAAAAUCAGCAAAUCCUCAAAAUAACUGAAAGUAGAGAAAUUGUGAAUUGCUUUAUUGAGAAGUACUUGAAAUGCCAUGCUGCUUAAUAAUGUGAUUUAUAGGUUUGUUUUUCUGGACUUUGUACUAAUGAAAUUUGGUAUAGAGCUUGGUUUAAACUAUAAUGUGGCAACACUCCACCCCAAUCUUAGGACUUUUUGUACAUUUAAUGGUUCAAACACGCAAUAUAUUGUACAAUCCUUUAUGGCAAAAAUAAUAUGCAGAAUAUGUCUACAUGUGAAAGCCAAUGUAUUUGACGCAGUUGGAUUCUGAACAAGUUGGUGAUAUCAUGAACAAGAGACAGAAUUUGACAGAAGGCCUUCAGAGAU